GACCCUGUUGUAGGAAGUGCUCCUCUACUGGCAGGACUUGUCUUGGGUACGAGAUCUCUCUCGCUCUUGUGCAAGCUGAAGAUCACGCCGCCUCGCGGCCACUACUUCCAGAUACAGCAAAUGUCACUAAACAGCCUUGCCUACUCAUUCCCGGGACGGCUGGGCUCAACGAUUUCCCGCUGAGAUUUACUUCUCAAGAGCAAGAUGCUUUCAACUUUUUCCGGAGACAGACCGCCUUUCAAGUGCCCGGAUGUUCCUUAUCGACAGCAUGGGAAGCGAUGGUGAUGCAGCUCAGUCAUUCUGAGCCGGCGAUGGCUUAUGCUGUGGUUGCCGUGGGUGCGAUCCACAGAGCACGCCGCGUAGUGCCAGCAACCAGUUUCCGGCCCGAGAUGGACACGGUGCGACAUCGGUUUGCGAUGAAUCAGUAUACUCGUGCUGUGUCGGCCAUACAGCGAUUCAUCGACGACUCCCGAAACCAUGAGACGACUGAAGUGGUCGAGAUGGUUCUGCUGGCUUGUCUCCUAUUCAUCACGUUUGAGACUUUGCAGUGUGAGCACGAGAUGGCGAAGCGGCAUCUACGACUGGGCUGUGGCAUUCUUUCUGAACAUCUCGGACGAUCAGAGCAACGUCCGGCAAAUCGUGUGGUACGACUAGAGGCAGAGCCCCGCAGACCCAUGGACUUCCUGUCCCAGAUAUUCGUCAGACUUGACUGGGAAACGACCUGGCUGGGCGACGAGCAUCCGUACAUGCAAGCGAUUUGUCGUGACGGAAAUCCCGGGAGGGAAGCAAGUAUACCACGAGCAUUUCGCAGCUUACAGGAAGCCCGAAUGCAUCUAGAUGCAUUGUUAAAUAGAACGUCGAGCGUGCAGGGUGCUUUGCUGAAGCUUGCGGCGGAGAAGUUUGCAAAGGAAGUGAGACGCGAGUCGCAAGACGAAUUCCAGUCAUGGUGCUUGCUGCACUCAUAUCAACGCAUAGUUCGUCUUGACGAGGAUGAGGCAGUCAGCCGGCAAUUGCGAGAAGUCCGAGAUGCGACGGCAGCAUGGUCUUCUGCUCUUGCAAGCCUGGCGGCCACCCACAGCGCGAACACUGAUCAGAUCAGACUCUUGCUCGAGAUCCGGUUCUGGGCGUUUUGGUACAUGGUGUCCACUCUACAGGACAGAGACGAAUGCUCAAGUGAUCGAUUCAGUAAAUCAUUCCCGCAUAUCUUGGACCUAGCUGAGAAGUAUAUCAACUCUCUGCCACGCAUCGAAGUAGUCGUUCACGGCGAACGGGAAAACGAAGAGGGAAUACGCAGUUUCGCCAUGGGCCAAGGUAUUUUGCUGCCUCUGUACCUCGUGGCAUUGAAAUGCAGAGAUCAAGUAGUCAGGAGAAGAGCGCUGCAGCUCCUGCGUCGAGUCCGAGUUCAAGAAGGCAUGCUGGACAGCGAUAUGCUGGCCAUCUGUGCAGCAUACGCUAUCGUACUCGAGGAGCGAUCGGCCAGAGAAUGUGGCGGUCAUGAGGACGAUCACGUCUUGAAAUAUGAAGACGUACCCGAGAGUGCACGCUUCAUUGACGUGACCUUGGCUCCUUUGGCUAACGAUUCCCGUGGAUGUCGGUUGGUCUGCUCGAAGCUCGGAGGCAGUGUCGCGCUCCCAUUCGUCCUCGAAGAACAUGAGUUGCGCGCCGGAGCGAUCGCCACGCUCUCAUGAGAAGACGGGAAGAUUUGCCAUCUGCCGAUUGAGUGGGAACAUCGCCUGCGACUCUGAAGAUUUGUUCUAAGGUGGUUGUAUUACGGGAAACGGCGGAAGACAUGGGUUUUGCUCAUCCCAACCGGACCCAUAUUCGGAAUGGCGAGGUGAAGAGGAUUAUGGCCAGCUCCGCUCAA